UUGUUGAAUAUUGCAAAUUAAUAUUCAUAGGUGUCCUGUUGCAUGUCUCAAAAUGAACUGUCAGUAGUGAAAAAGAAUUUUAAAGAAAAUAAAAAUUUAGUAAUUGAUAAUAAAUUAUGAUCCUACUAUUCGUUGCAAAAUUUUCAAAAAUUUUUUAGAAGCGUAUAAGGGUUUAGAAAAUAAAUUAACAUAGUUUUGGGAAAAUUUUUAAAUUUGGCUGUAUUGUAAAAAUUAUUCUUGCUUAUAAUAGAUUUUACAGCAAAAACAUAAAACAAAUCGUAUUGAAAUUGUAAAAAGUUUCUUAGAAUAGUAGAUAAAAUUUGCUUAAUAAAUCCAAAUAAAGGCAUUAGUUUCUAAUAAUUUUGCAAAAGUUUGCUGCUGUUGCAAAAAUUUUAGCUAUGCCAGAUAUUAACUUGAAUUAGUUUUCCUUUAUUGAAUUUUGCAAUUGAAAGUUUAUAAAUAAAUACAUACAUAUUACCUACCUACAUUUAGUUAAAUUUCUUCGAAAAUUAAAUGAACAAUUUAAAUUUGUUUAGUAUGUUAAGCAGUAAUCAACAAAAGUUUACGUUUACUAGUUAUGUAAAUUGCACAAAGUCUGUUAAUGUAGAACAAAGUGCUCUUAUUUUUGAUCCAAAGCUUUUACCUGGGGAAAUUGGUACAGUAUCGGCAGAUGCGUUUAUGUUUCCACCAACUGCAAAAAUUACAGAAGAACAAGGUGGAAUACCAGGAAAAUUAUUUGUGACCAAUUUCAAAUUAUCAUUUAUUCCAUAUGAUGUAGUAGAUGAGCAAAUUUCCUAUCAAUACAAUCGAUUUUUACGUCGAAACGAUGUUACAUUAAGUAACAUAGAUGUAAUCUACCAAAUUGUUGAUAAGAAGAAAAAGAAAAUAUUGCCCCAACAAAAAGUCAAUUCCAAAAUUGAUGCUAUAUAUGUUAUUUGUAAGAAUUUUCGUUUUCUCAAGUUCAGCUUUAAAACCAAAGAUCAGGGAACCCUUAUUGCAUCUGCGCUAGCAAGAUUUGCAUUUCCAUCGAGACAUGAUUUAUCAUUUGCAUUUUAUUACAAUGACAUAUAUUGCAGUCCUUUCAAAUCGGAUGUGUCAAUGUUUAAUACGAAGAAUGAUUGGAUAUCUGAACUGAAACGUUGUGGAGCAUCCGAAUGGAAGGUUGUCUCUUCAGAAUGCCUUGAACCUACAUCAAUGAAAGUCUCGUCGAGAACCUCGCAAAUUAUAAACAAAUCUUAUACUCUUCCAAAGUUCUGUGUAAUUCCAAAAUGUUUCAACGAAAAGGAGUUUUUUAUUUCUGCAAGUUCAUUUUGUGAUUCCAGAAGUGCUUUUUGGGUAUAUAGUUAUGGCCCAACAGGUGCCUCGUUAGUAAGGAUGGGAGAACUGAAAUCGUAUAGAGAAGGACGCACAAUAGAAAAUGUAACUUUAGAGAAAGUUAGAAAUUGCGAUCCUGAAAGGAAAUCUUUGGAAUUCAAAAACCUUUCAGAACAAUUACUCCCAACUAAUUAUGAUGUUCGUCAAAGUUACUUAAAGCUUAGGGAACUAUGCGUACCAGAAAAUUUUAGAGAAUUCUUAUUGCAGGACUCCAAGUAUUACAGUUUAAUAGAUAAAUCAGGAUGGUUAAAAUGUGUUUCAGCUUGCUUAGAAUUUUCCUUAAAAAUGUCAGAAAUCCUCCGAGCAGGAACAACAGUUGUAUUGCAAGAAAGUAAUGGAAGAGAAAUGUGUUGUGUUAUAUCAAGUAUCAUUCAAAUUCUUUUGGACCCGUAUUUCCGAACACUGAACGGGUUUCAAUCGUUAAUACAGAAGGAAUGGGUUGCUUUAGAACAUCCCUUUUCAGAUCGCUUAGGACAUACUUGGAAACAAGAAAAUACGGCUAGUACGAGUAGUAAUGUUAGCAAUAAUUUAAUAGUUAACAAUUUGAUUAGCAGCAGUAGUACUACAGCAGAUGAGGAAAGUCCAUUAUUACUUUUGUUUUUAGAUUGUAUAUGGCAACUAGUACAACAGUUCCCAGAAGAAUUCGAGUUUAGUCAAACAUAUUUAACUACAAUUUGGGAUUCUGCUUUUAUGCCUAUUUUUGAUACAUUCCAAUUUAAUUGUGAAUACGAUCGUCAAUCAAUGGUUGUGGAAAAAAAGUUAAUUCUUCGACCAAUUUGGGAUUGGGAUGAACAAUUCGAUGAAAAGGAUAAAACAUUUUUUUACAAUCCCCUGUAUUCCAAAAAACCGUUCGCAAACAAAAAUCCUAUUCCGAGAAAUGCUAUGCUAGUUGUUUUUACAAACAAUGGAAAUAAUAUUACCCGUGAUAUACACAAUAUUAAUCGAUCAACAAUUCCAAAUAACAGAUAUUUAGAGCCGUUGUUUGGAGUGUCUGAUUUACAAAUAUGGCAACAGUGCUACUAUCGUUGGAUUCCUAUAGUUGAAAUCGAGCAUGGUGGCUAUCCCCAAAUUGAUUUGCUUCAUCGAUUAAUUGCGACUAAUAUAUCUAAAUUGCAACGUGCGUUAGAAACAGGAGAAUUUAAUGAUCUUCCCAGCUGUAAAAAUUUUUUGUCCCGUAAAAAUAAGACCCAUAUUGCGACAAAUGAAGAAAUUUUUCAAAAAAACGAAAAUGAAGCCCUCAAUACAAAUGAGAUUGAAAAGGAUGAUUCAAUUGAUAAUUCCGAAGGUUCAAACAAUAAAAAAAGUGCUGUUGCAGAUGACGAAUCUGGUUUGGGUUUGCCUAUUGUAAAUUCAUUUUUCCCAUUUAGCAUAUACAGUGGAAAUUCUUCGGAGCUAAGUGACAUUUUAAUGCAUAGUAACGAACCUCUUGGUGAUGACUCAACAGUGGACCGAUUAAUGAUUACACAAAUACCUGAUUAAUGAUACAGCUAAUAUUAAACAUGUUAAAACAGAUAGAAAUUCAAUCACAUUUAAGUAAAUUUUAUUUAAUUUAUAAUCCUGUAAAAUAAGAAAGUUCUAUCGAAAUUCCAUUGAUUUUUAACUUACUUCUUUAAAUAUUAAAGCUGAAAGUUUUUAUAAUACUAAAUAAUGUUUUUUAAAACUCUUUGAUACUUGUCGAAGAGUUACAUUUCUUAUAAGUAUAAUUUUUAGUUUUGUUAAUGUUUAAAUGGAAAACCUAUUUUAUACUAAGAUUUUGUUGUAGCCGUAAUUACAACAUAGGACGCUUAAUU